AUGGAUUUCAUGAACAACUCAUCAAAAGCAAACUCACCAUCUCCAUCGAAGAGCAAAAGAAAGAAUCCGCAACAAAAUCAGCAAGAAUCAACAGUAAGGUUUCUAGGUGUACGAAGAAGGCCAUGGGGCAGAUAUGCCUCAGAAAUAAGAGACCCUUCCACCAAAGAGAGGCAUUGGCUGGGCACUUUUGACACUGCAGAGGAGGCGGCCUUGGCCUACGACAGAGCUGCCCGCUCCAUGCGCGGCUCCCGUGCUCGCACCAACUUUGUGUACUCCGACAUGCCACCAGGUUCCUCUGUCACUUCUAUCCUCUCGCCUGAUGAUCAAUCACAUUCACAACACGACCUCUCCGUCCUUUUCCCUAAUGCACCUAAAAACGAUUCCUCAGAACAAUUAUUUUUCAGCCGUGAUAGUACUGUCGAUGUGUGUCAGUUUUCUGGUGGGCUGCCUGUGGCCGGGGACGCCUGGAUUCAUAAUAAUAAUGAGACUGUCUCUCUGUCUCUGUCUCAACUUGAGCAGGUUACGGUUGGUGCUAUGCAUGGUGGUGGUUAUGGUGGGUUCAAACAGUUUAAUGCAAACGAUAUUGAACUGCCACCGUUACCACCAGAUAUUACGAGCUCUUUUGGCUCCACUAGUGUUCUUCCACUUCCACCUCAAUCAGUUUCUGAUCAUGUUAUGGGUCACAGUGUUUGGAACGACAUAAGUUUUAUAGGAUUGUCGGAACAGAUGACUAGUAGUGAACAGUAUAACAUUGAAGGGACAGGGGGGGUGGAAUUGGAUAUAGGAUUCGGCAUGGCCAGCUGCUGCGAGCAGAUGAAUUUAAGUAGUGAAACCGAAUGUAUGGGAUUCAUCCCAUUUCCAUUUUCGGGGUUGGGGAUGAUGCCUCCUCCAACUCCCACAGCUUCCAGAACUCUCUCUUCAUCAGCUUCAGAAGAAUUUGAUCUUCGAGGUGGUGGUUGUUCGUCAUCACCAUCAUCAUCCACCUAUUUCUUCCCAUAA